AUGCACCUUUCCCACCCACAGGAGAAACAAGUCUUCAUCACCACUCCGUCCCCGUCGUCCUCUGUUUCAACCCAGUCCACCGCCUCGUCGUCACUGUCGCUAUUCCACACGGCAGACUCCGAUCUCUCCGCCUCCGAAGAAGACGACUUUCCGUACCACGCAACAACCCACACAAAUAUAAAGCCUGGUGUGUCUUUCUCCGCCACCUCAGGCACAAUGAUGAGUGCGUUAUCCCCUGUCUCGGUGCAGUCUCCGUCGACCGUUUUCAUGAUGAAGGAACCCGCACAGGCACAGGCCCAGAUGUCCCACGACAACAACAACAACAACAACAGUAGCAGCCAUGUCACCACCCCUAAACACAACGCCGCCCCUGUAACCAAAUCAGACGACCCCUUCGAUGUCGACAACUACCCCACCGACUUUGACUCCGCCUUCCUCAACCUGUCGCCCACCAUGGGGAUGGGCCCCGGCGACGGCAUGGAUGGUAUUCCGCUGUUCAACGCAGAGGAGGAGUCCGCUUUCUCGUCCUUCCUCGACAACGUGGCUCUGGAUCCUAACUUCAUCUUCGAGCCCAAUCUCUCUGAUGCCCUGCCCAAGUGGCCCGAAUCGAAACCCUGGGGCCCCAACGACUCGCAUAAGCCACGAACCGACAAGUUCACCAAGUUUGGCAACUCUCCCGGUCUCGAUUUGCUCGCUGCCAAUUCCCCCGACGCAGUUAACAUCCACGAACGCCUACUGAAACACGAGUCGAAGGAGUAUCUCAGCCCCAACCACAACGACUAUGCUCAGAGCGACUCGCGGGCCCAGGCGCUCGCCAUGGCUGAAACACAGGGCUACGGACAGCUAAAACACAAAGAAAGCCGCUCAUCGUUAUCACAGCCCUCGUCGCUACACAACAACAGCGUGACGGGGUCGUCAGUCACAACCACACGUCCCUCGCCACAAACGUCGGGACCCUCCCCCGUGUCGUCGGGCACGUCAGCGGCGUCGUCCGCACCCAUGGGCCUUCAUUUCGGCUCAGACCCUGCAUUUGGAGGCUCCAGCUUCCAGCCCAACAGCGGCACCCCAGCCCUCAAAAAGGUGCGGGGCUUCGACGAGCUGCCCCCUGCCGUCCACGAGGGACACGGGCACAUGCACAUGCAGCCACAACGCAUGGUGACCGGUCUGGAGGGUGUAGUCAACCCCAAGCUGGUGGUUGCAGCUGCACAGAUGAGCCAGGGCGUGACGGACCAGAACAUCUUCAUGCUCAAGCGACGAAAGUCGGACAACAUGGCUGCAAGCAUGAACUCGAACGUGCCACACGAUAUCUAUGCUCCCGUCCCACAUGCUGAGCAGAUGUAUCAUAUGCAACAACAACAGCAACAGCAGCAUCUCCACCAGCAACAGCAGCAACAACAUCACCAACAAUCACAAAAUCAGCAUAUCCAACAACAGCAGCAACAGCAGCAGCAUCAGAUGCACCACCCUCACCAUACACAGCAGCACUUCCAGGCACGAAUGCACUUUGGCGACGGCAUGGAUGGCGAGGUGUCCAUGAGUACCGUCUCUCAGGCGGGUUUGCACAUGAACUCCAACCCUAGCAUGUUGUUCCCCGACAAGGAUGCUCUAGCAGACUCGUACCAGCAGCAGCAGCAGCAAAUGCAUAGUCAACACAACCCUCCUUCGCAUCAUCCUCAGCACAACCAGCAGCAGCAGCAGCAACCGCAGGUCAAGACUGAGCAGAAUAUGUCUGCAUCGCCUACUCCGGGAUCUCCCAACCUCACGGAGGACCAGAAACGUAUGAACCACAUCUCUUCCGAAAAGCGACGGCGGGAUCUCAUCAAGCAGGAGUUUGAGGAAAUGUGCGGCCUGGUGCCUCGUCUGGCUGCAAACAGCGAUGAGAAGGGCAAGCGACGCCAUGGUCAUCGAGGACGUAUGCCCAAGGACUCGGACAAGGACAAGGAUACUGGAACCAAGUCCAAGUCGAUUCUACUAUCGAUUGUGUACGAAUACAUGUGCGAGCUGGUGGAGCGAAACAAGGCCAUGCGGGGCAUGAUCACCGAAAAGGGCGGAUAUCACAGCGAUAUCGCCAAUGCUCUUCAUCCUCCCAAGAUUGAUGAGUAA